AAUAAAAGAAAUUAAAUUAUCAUAAGACAGAACCACAAAAUCCUUUGGAGAUCUGACAUUGCUUAAGUAUCAAACUAUGGAUCCUUAUCAGAAUCUUAAUCCGAAAGGGUACCAGAGACAGAGACGGUUUAGCUCAUCCGGCGAGGGCGGCAGCAGCGGCGGCUCAGGUAUGCCUUAUGAAACAGAUGACAAUAAGAAGAAGAAGAAGCUUCUCCACCGCGACAUCGAACGCCAAAGAAGACAAGAAAUGGCCACACUCUUUGCUACUCUUCGUACUCACCUACCUCUCAAAUACAUCAAGGGAAAAAGAGCUGUUUCGGAUCAUGUAAACGGAGCGGUAAAUUUCAUAAAGGACACGGAAACACGGAUUAAAGAACUCAGUGCAAGAAGAGACGAGCUAAGUAGAGAAACAGGUCAGAGAUAUAAAUCCAAUCCGGAUUCAGCAAACACUGGAUCCGAUUUAGGCAGAUCGGAGCCGGCGACUGUGAUGGUGCAACCACACGUGAGCGGUUUAGAAGUGGUAGUGAGCAGCAACUCCGCAGGCCCCGAAGCUUUGCCACUCUCAAGAGUGCUCGAGACACUUCAGGAGAAAGGGCUUGAAGUCAUGAGCUCUCUCACCACAAGAGUCAAUGAGCGGCUCAUGCACACUAUUCAAGUCGAGGUUAAUAGUUUCGGAUGCAUAGACUUAGCUUGGUUGCAGCAGAAGCUAGUUGAGGAUUUGAUACUUUCGACGGGGUACUAAUCAGAAACACAACUUUUGUAGUCCUAAAGACGGUCUUCAUCGUAUGAUCUCUUUUACCCGAGCUCUUUGUUUCAUUUGUAGGUGUGAGCUUUAGCUAAAUCUACAGUUUUUUAUUUUUGUAGAUAUCAUAUGUUCGUAGCUCCAAUUAUUAUCCUCUUGUUCAUAAACUUAUAUAUGAACA